UGCACCCCACCUCCGGCCCGUUGAUGCCUGGGCUCGGCUCCAGCACUCCCGCGACCCUUGUAAGGGUAAAGCAGCUCAGAAAAAUGGAUUGACAUAUGCUUUGUGCCGUUUUGUCAACCUAAGUCUGAAAGCACGUGCAAUCACAACAGUUACAAGUGAACGUUGGCGUGCGUUUUAUUUUGAGGGAUCAUCCCGGAAGUGCUGAUUUACAUGAGUCGGUGACAGCGCUAGUAGGAAUGGCGGCGAUGGUCACUGGAGGAAGGAACCCAAAGAGCCCGAAACUUUACUUCUAACGGGCCGCCCAAGGAUUUCAACUCUGACGAAUCGCACGACCCCCUUUCCUGUAGCGGACGAAAGGCGGCGUCUUUUGACGUGAGAUACUUGGGGUCUAUUUGCACGCUUAGCCUGCCUUGAUUAGUGCCGCCGACUUAGAUUGAAGGUAGCCGCUACUAGCCAGCUGUUGGCUCCUUUGCCUGGCUGGCCCAACAAGUUAACUUAAGUGGAGAACUGCAUGCAAACAUUUGCCAUUCCUCGUUAAAUGGUAAUCGUCUAACUAGAGCCUCAACUAGUAUUAGGCGACGGCAGAGAGAGAGGGGCGUCGCGGGACCGCAGUUUGUCAUUGCGAUUUGAGAAGAUAAUUAGCGCUAAUCUUAACGCUAGCUGCAAAGCUAGCUAAGUUGUGAUACUGAAGUCUCGCCCAUUUUUCGCAUCCUGCCCCAGCGACUGGCUCCGGGGCUAAUCGACACCCCGUUCGUCUGCUUUUAAGGUGGCAUCAGCGGGACGAUGGAAAGUCUAACGUUGAGUGAUGUCGAGCAGAAAUAUUACUCGGAUUUGUUCGUUUACUGCGACACGGACAACACUAAGAAAGUGGCUUCUUACGGGAGAGUUCUUGACCUUUUCCGGGCGGCCCAGCUACCUAGCGAAGUUGUCAUACAGGGCUCAGCGGCUAAUCGAGUUGAUCAAUUACAGUUGAAACCUGUUUUAGGGAUAACAGAAUUGUGUGGAGCCACUCGGCUGGGUCACUUUGGACGAAGCCAAUUCUACAUCGCCCUAAAAUUGAUUGCCAUCGCCCAGUCGGGCCUGCCUCUCAGAGUGGAAAGCCUCAACUCAGUCAAGGACCUUCCACUGCCCAGGUUUGUGGUGGGGAAGAAUGAGGCAGAGGCAAGGCACGUGGCGCUCUACCAGGACCCAGACAGCCAGGGGUUAUACCCUGCUUCUGCUGCUGCGUUGAUACCGAGACCGCCAGGCAGGGGGCACCAGAACAAGAAAGUCCCCCCCUCAGCCAGUGCCCAUCCUGUCCAUGAGGCAGUUCAGCCCACAGCACCUAGCAUAGAAACACAGGGAGAACCAACAUCCCCCGUAGUCUCCCCUCACCAGUCCCCUCCCACUUCCCCACCUUCCUGGAGGAAACACAAGCGGCAGCACAGUGGCGGAACCACAGACAGACAACCAGUGGUGGCACCGACCGGAGUUGUGUGGACGCAGUUCCGGGAAUCUCAAACUGCUCCUGUGGCCGGUGAUGGAAUGUGGCCGUCACACUCGCCCCCUCUUCCAGGUCAGGAAAGUUGGGUUAGUUUCACAGCUGACACGCCGCCAUCAAGCACACUCCCGGGGGUGCACCCCUCGUCUGUACCGGAAAGCACAACGAUACGAACAACAAUGGCCUCGGCAGCAGCAGCGACCAAUGAGAUCCAGCGGCAGUCCAGUGGUUAUGAUGAUCCCUGGAAGAUAACAGAUGAACAGAGACAGUAUUAUAUCAACCAGUUCAAAACCAUUCAGCCCGACCUUACUGGUUUCAUACCAGGUUCAGCAGCAAAAGAGUUCUUCACCAAGUCCAAAUUGCCCAUUUUAGAGUUAUCACAUAUUUGGGAGCUUUCAGACUUCGACAAAGACGGCGCACUAACCCUGGAUGAAUUCUGCGCUGCAUUCCACUUGGUGGUAGCCAGGAAGAAUGGCUACGACCUCCCCGAGAAGCUGCCUGAGAGCUUAAUGCCAAAGCUGAUUGACCUAGAUGACUCGGCAGAGGUUCCAGAUCCGACAGCUGAUGUUGGGUUCUCGGGCUCACCUGCUGAGGUGACUGCCAACAAGUCUCCCUCCAUGCCUUCGCUCAACCAGGCUUGGCCAGAGAUGAACCAGAGCAAUGAGCAAUGGGAGACGUUUAGCGAGCGCUCCUCCAGCUCACAAACUCUGACCCAAUUUGACUCUAACAUUGCACCAGCUGACCCUGACACGGCCAUCGUUCACCCUGUUCCCAUCCGGAUGACCCCCAGUAAGAUCCACAUGCAGGAAAUGGAGCUGAAGAGGACUGGCAGUGAUCACAACCACCCGACCAGUCCGUUACUGUCAAAACCACCAGAAGGGUCCGAAGAACCCAAACUACCUGCCACCAUGAAGUUUGUACCAACAAAUGCUGUAGGUGAUGGUUACAGCAGCUCUGACUCCUUCACAUCUGAUCAGGAGCCAGUUGCAAGACAGAGGUCUCAGUCGGGCGCAUCUCCGGAAGCUCUAAAGGUGGUGGCUCCCCCUCCCCCUCCGCCCCGCCCUCACGCGUCACACUCCCGGUCCUCAUCAUUGGACAUGAACCGCAACUUCGCUGCCACCUCAGGCACAGGACAGCUGCAGACCACCGCUAUAGCUUUCCCACCCGCGGUGCCUCCCCGACCGCUUCCCACACAGUCAUCAGUUCCACCCACGGGACAGCGCACUGAGGCUGAGGGUGCCCCCGGAGCAGGGGCCCCGCUAACCGCCACGUCUCCCCAGCAGAUCCCACAGCAACCUAAUUUUGCAGACUUCAGUCAUUUUCAGGCCUUCGCGGCAUCAGAGCAACCUUCGAGCCUGCCGGAAGUUGACAAGCACAGUGAUCCUGGACAGGGGGACAAGUCUUUAGAAGGAGCUGGGCCCUUAAGAACAGUCAAGAGUGAUGGCCAGGCUGAUGAAAGAACUACCAGCACUGUUAACUCUACAAAGAGUUUGUCUGGCCCUUUAGCCCCUCCUCCCAAGCCUAUUCGUCGCAGGUUGAAGUCUGAGGAUGAGUUGCGGCCGGAGGACGAGCAGCACGGCCCUCAGAAGUCAAACAUUAUAGCUGCUGCCCUGGCUAUUCAGCCCUCUAUUCCUAGGUCAGUAGGUAAGGAUAAAAAGGCGAUACAAGCAUCAAUUAGAAGAAAUAAGGAAACAAACACAGUGUUGGCAAGACUAAACAGUGAACUGCAGCAACAAUUGAAGGACUUGCUUGAAGAAAGGAUAUCUUUGGAAGUUCAACUGGAGCAGCUCAGACCGUUCUCACAUCUUUAACCAACACCGAUGAGGUGGUUGUAGUUUCUCCAAAGCAAGGAUGUGGCCCUUGGUGGGAUGCCGACCCCCACCCUCAAUCCCACCCUGCAUCUUUUACUUUCCCCUCCCUCACGUUCGCAGCAUACACCGUGUUUAAGCCCACACUUACUUAUCAGGUGUAUAGCGGAAUGGGCCUGGGCGCACGGUGUGGCUGUGAGAGUCUGAGAAGAAAGGAUGACAUGGGUAAUUCUUCAGUGUGGCACUUUUCAAUUAUUUCUCAAGAGACAUGUAUCCAUGGCCAACAGCUUAGUGGGGAAGUAGUGUUGGACUAUUGGCUGUAGCUACGAGUUCCGUCUGAAGAGACAUCUGCUGGUGUGUGUGUGCGUGUGUGUGUGUGUGUGUGUGUGUGUGAUGUCUGUAUUUGUUAAGUGUCUGGAGACAAGAACCAGUGUUGUCAACACGCCAAUCUAAGGUUUAAAGAGUUCGUUAGCCAAAUCUUAAAAAGGGAGUUACACAUUGAAGUUCUGUAAAUAACUGUUACUGAAAACAGAUAUUCAACGGUUUCAACAAAACAAUGCUCACAAUCAGUGAAAAACCUAAACAUUUCCUACAUUUACCACUAAAGAGUCGCUGAAAAUCUCUACAUUUUCUGGCUUGUUUGGUGUGGCCUCUGGUUAUAGACACAUUUGGGCUCGUUUCUGAAGUGUGUGAUGCCCACAUGAAGUCUCUCCACCUCUUGUGCAAUGUGAAUUCAGCCAUGCUCGCUCUCAUUACUGCCCCCCUCUGAUGUGUGUUUGUGCGCCUUUUCAUGAAUGGGUUUCGAUUUAUGCCAAACGACUGAACUAUCACUGCUGUUCACCUCUGUUUAGUCUGAUCUUCAUACUUGGCGCCAUCAUAUGCAGUUCUCCAUUUUAAGCCCCCUUUGAUUGCAAGCUUUAUGUUCCAAUCUCCUUUUCCAUGAAGGGAGCUUUUAAGUGUAUUCCACCCACAGGAGGCGGCAUUUAUGAAGGACUCAGGAUCAGUUUUCCUGUUAUUUGCCAUGCGGCACAGAUCCAGAAAUAAUAUUUUGAAUCAUCAGCCGGAUGACGUCGGCACUAUGCAAAGUUCGGAGUGAUACAUCUCCACAGCUGUUUGAACUUAUAGAUGGUAGCAACUGUCUUUGAAUCUCGCAUCUUCCAAAACACAAUCUACUGUAUAUGCUCCAAGAGGGAAGCAAUUACAAAUCAGUGUUAAGCACUGUCAACCUAGUUCUGCUUUAAAAAAAAAAAAAAAAAAAAUAUUAAGACUAGAGACCAGUCACCCCAUCCUGAAUGACCCAACUGCACUUUGAAUAUAAAAGCCUCUGUCUUGAAAGGCUUCCUUUUUUUUGUUUGUUUUUUUUUUUGUCUCUUUUAAACUGCUAGUCUUUCAGAAGUAUUAAAAAAAAUAAAUAAAUUCACACAAACCACUUUAGUUGUCACCUGGAAAAAGUAGGUUGUGCCAUCCCAAAAUAAUCCUUCAUUUUAUUGAGUCGUAAGUUUUAUUUCUGUGUCAAAGGCCUUACUCUUAACUUCCCUGCUUGGAGUACAAGUUUCCAUGGUGACUGACUGACAACCUUGUUGCAUCAAGGCUCGCCUUUUUUUUUUUCUCUCUGUUGUGGAUGAUUAAGUAUUAUGGGUCUGUAUGUAUGUAUGUAUGUGUGUGUGUGUGUGUGUGUGUGUGUGUGUGUUGCCACACCUGGAACUAAUACCAUUUAAAACUAUUUAAAAAAAAAAAAAAAAAAACAGGCGACGGAUUAGCGCUUGCCACAUGAAUUGCACCCAUCGUCCCAAAUGGCAAUCCAGGCAGAAGCAAUCAGUUGAAAACCAAAUCUUUGGUGAGGUUUUGAAUGCUAUUUGGUCUCAGAUCUGUGUUGUACAUUGUAUAUGACACACCCUUUUUGGACUUGUGUACAUUUGCAUUAAUUGCUGACUAACAGCAGAAUAAUCUAUUUAAUUCCUUCUCUCUUUGGCUGUGGGAUCCUAAAUGUUCAAACUGCAUGGAUGUACUGUAUCUCU